CUGAACUGGAUCUGGCACGGUGUGACGUCCAGCGCUUUCCCAAAGUCAGAAUGACCAUGACAAGAAAGCAUUUUGAGUGGAUUGAGGGGAUCGAGGCGGCCAGGACAGCACCCCUAAAGACCCUGCAGAAAGAGGACGCCAGAGACGCUGCGGGAGGCGGCAGGAUGCGGGGCGGUGUGCUGGAAGCGAGGGCAGGGUUCUGGCGGGGCUCGUGGCGAGUGUGUUCUACUGUGAUUCCCUUUUAAACUGAAACUUCUGCCGUCUUGUUUGAUCUCAGCUGCUCGGGGCCUGGCCAGCCUUCCCCGGGCCCCAGUGGGCGGGGGAACCAGGGCGCCUUGCCGUCAUCCUCCCUGUUCUCUGUCCCAAACAUCCACACAGGGGGCCGGAUGCCGUUCAGACCAGACACAAGCAGGUGAGCCCCGAGGGGAGUGAAGUACUUGUGAACGCGGUCACGUAGCUGACUAAGCAACGGCAGAGGCUCGAGCACAUUCCAAGCACAUGACAGGGAAACGGAGAACUAUAGUGCCAGGAAAAAGAUCAGCUGGUGCCAGGACCAGGAGGGCUCCGGGGAGGAAGAUGAAGGCCCGUGCUCCCCCGCCUCCUGGAAAGCCUGCCCUCCCGAGUGUCCCCACAGAGCAGAAGCCUUCCCGAGACACUGCUGUUGGCUGCCACCAGAACCUCAUCCACCAGCAGGAGGCGCUGGCCAACAGCACGCUGGACAUCACCGUGGUCCUGCCCGGUGGGCUGGAGAAGCACAGCGUGGUUGACGGGAGCCAUGCAAUGAUGGAUCUGCUGGUUGAACUCUGCCUGCAGAAUCAUCUGAACCCUUCCCACCACGCGCUGGAGGUCCGGUCUUCGGAAACCCAACAGCCUUUGAGUUUUAAGCCAAAUACUUUGGUUGGGACCUUGAAUGUGCACACUGUGUUUCUGAAAGAGAAAGUUCCAGAAGAGAAGGCGAAGCCCAGCCCCCGCAAGGUGCCUGAGAAGUCGGUGCGCCUGGUGGUGAACUACCUGCGGACGCAGAAGGCCGUGGUGCGCGUGAGCCCCGACGUGCCGCUGCAGAGCCUCCUGCCGCUCAUCUGCGCCAAGUGCGAGGUCAGCCCGGAGCACGUGGUCCUGCUCCGCGACGGCGCUGCGGGUGAGGAGCUGGAGCUGUCCAAGUCCCUCAGCGAGCUGGGGAUAAAGGAGCUGUACGCGUGGGACAACAGGAGAGAAAUGUUUAGAAAAUCAUCACUUGGCAACGAUGAGACAGAUAAAGAGAAGAAAACAUUUCUGGGACUUUUCAAAGUUAAUAAAAGAAGCAAUAGUAAGGGCUGCCUGACCAUGCCCAGCUCCCCGUCCGCACAUCCGCGCUCCCUCAGUCUGGGGCCGUCGUCGCUGUCCCUGGGCAACAUCUCAGGAGCCUCGGUGAAGUCGGAGAUGAAAAAGCGCCGGGCCCCGCCUCCGCCAGGCUCGGGGCUGCUGGUCCAGGACAAGACCUCGGAAAAGGUGUCUCUGGGCUCGCAGGCUGACUUGCAGAGGAAGAAGCGGCGGGCACCAGCACCUCCUCCCCCACAGCCGCCGCCGCCCAGCCCCCUGGUCCCCAACCGCAGGGAGGACAAGGAGGAGAACCGGAAGAGCACCAUGGUGUACUGCUGCGCCUCCUUCCCCACCCACGGCAAGCGCCUCUGACGGACGGACUCCUCCUGACCCAGCCUCCCUUGGGCUCCGCUGUCCUGCUCUGAUGCUGCUGUCCUUCUCCAUCUUUCGGGAUAAAAGGGCUCAUUUCUACCAAUUUCUGCCCCUUGGAAUUUACAUAUAAAUGCACACUUUGCAGAGAUCUGUUCGAGGCUCGUGUUUCUUUCUAGGCAGCAAAGACACUUUAUGUAAAUUCUGGGUAGGUAAUAUUGACCUGUCCAGCCUUCUCUGACCUGUGGAUCUGUUCCAGCGAAGAACAGGACUUCACUAUAAAUCAUGGCAAACUCA